AUGUGGCGACAGAAGACCAUCUCUCUGCCCGCUUUCAACCGCGGCUGCCACCUCGUCACUCCGCACGUGGUGAAGCAAGUGGAGGGCGACCUUGCAGCCUUCAAGUGCGGCCUGGCGCACAUCUUCAGUGAGUGCCCUUCAGUACAGCACACGAGUGCGUCGCUGACCAUCAACGAGAACUGUGACAGGGACGUGCGCCACGACAUGGAGACCUACCUCUCCUCGCACGUCCCUGAGGGGCCCAAGGCUCCCUGGCGUCACACGGAUGAAGGCUAUGACGACAUGCCAGCACACGUCAAGGCGUCGCUCUUUGGCAGCUCUGUCACCAUUCCCAUCACGGAUGGUCGGUUGAACCUGGGCACAUGGCAGGGCAUCUGGCUUGUGUUUGAUGGUUACUGUGGUGUGAAGCUGCGGAUUCUGUUUGCUAGGCACUCACACGCAAUGGCGCGUGCCGCUCCCGCCGCUCUAGCGCUUCCGGCACCCGCUUUCCAUGGCGCGCGUUCCGCCGUCCAUUUAGCUCCUUUGAAAACCCAAUUCUGUCUCGCACCGACCGCAUUCUCGUCAGUAACGCCUGGAGCAGCAGCACCAGCAUCACCAGCACCACACAUACGGUCGACAUUUGCAUUCCUCAAUACACCCUCUCUCUCGCCAUUCCUGUACUCCUCGUCAUCCUCUUCUUCCUCCUUCCUCUCCUCUUCCGCUCGCCCAUUUGCAUCCAACGGCCGAUCUGAACUCGCAGCCACAAGAAGCCAUCGCGCCCGUCCACGCAUAGGCUCGUCCGAUCAAAAUGCAGCGGCGGAUUCGGCAGCGCGUGGGGGCGCGGCGAGAGGGCUAUUCGGGGGGCUGUUCGGCGGCGGGAAGGAGAAGAAGCGCAAGGAGGAGUCCAUGGCUGUGCACGCCGAUGUUCCGGUUCCCUUCAGCGCUGAUCUCCUAGCGGGAACCUUUCUAGAAGGUCGCGAGCUCGCGUGCUGCUACCGCGCGACGCAGGACGGCUUCUCCGCGUCCGCCUUCCACGCGCGCUGCGACUUCAAGGGCCCCGUCGUCGUCGUCGCGCUCGCGCCCUCCCCUUCCCCGUCCGCCUCCUCCUCCGCGCCCCUUGGAUCGUGGCUGCGCUUCGGCGCGUUCAACCCGGACGGCUACCGCAGCACAGACGACUAUUUCGACUCCUUCGACGCGUUUCUCUUCUACUGGCCCGACCCGCCCGCGUCGCCACCCUUCGCACCCGUCUCCACCGCAGAAACCGACGAUACCAACGCACCCGCCUCGUCCUCUCCUUUGAGGUGCACGUGGGGGCAAGGCGAGUGGGGCAUGCCGGAGCUUCUACGCAAAGUAGGAGGCAGCGGCGCGGCGGUAUUCGACUACGCGCGUGGCGGCCCGCAGUUUGGCGCGGACGGGCUGUUGAUCGGCCCGCCACUCACUCCAGUCAUGGGUGGUCUUGCUGGCCCGGACUCAAACUCAGGCGUGGGGGAUUUGCGCACGGCGCGGUCGCGGCUCGGGCUGUCAUAUGAGAAGCGGCGCGACGGGGAGGACUCGGUGUUUGGGGAGGGGAGGGAGGUGAAGGUGGCGGAGGUGCUGGUGUUCUUUAGCCCGGACAUUGCCCGCUUGUAUUGA